AUGGCGGCACCCCCCGCAAAGGAAUCAGUUCAGUGCUUUGGUCGCAAGAAAACCGCAGUGGCGGUGACUCACUGCAAGCGCGGCCGUGGUUUGAUCAAAAUCAAUGGCAAACCGAUCGAGCUGGUAGAGCCGGAGAUCCUCCGAUACAAGGCGUUCGAGCCGAUACUCCUCCUCGGCCGCCACCGCUUCGCCGGAGUGGACAUGCGCAUCCGCGUGAAAGGCGGAGGUCACACCUCGCAGAUCUACGCCAUCCGUCAGUCCAUCGCCAAGGCGCUCGUUGCCUUCUACCAGAAGUACGUUGAUGAGCAGUCGAAGAAGGAGAUUAAGGACAUCCUCGGUAGGUACGACAGGACGCUUCUCGUCGCCGAUCCCAGGCGCUGCGAGCCAAAGAAAUUCGGUGGUCGUGGUGCUCGUGCUAGGUUCCAGAAAUCGUACCGUUAAAUUCCUGGU